UAGAUAGUCAGAUACUGCAUAGCAACAGCUGCCCUGCUGGACUCAGCUGGAAGACUCGUAGGCGAAGAUCAACUCCCUCCUCCCCCCAAAACACACAGGAGAGAAGUUGGAAAUCAGCAUUAUCUGCUCUGAAAGCACCCAUGGAGGGUGUUGAAGUCAAGAUAGAAACGAAAGGGGAAAGGAAGACACAAAACCAGACUCCAGUGAGAAAAUGUGGGAAGCGAGUCUGCAAAGCCGUGGGCUAUAUCACAGGAGACAUGAAACAGUUUGGAGUCUGGCUUCAAGGUAAACCACUCCCAUUUCAGUUUGUCGACUGGGUCCUGCGAGGGAUAUCCCAGGUGAUGUUCGUCAAUAACCCUCUCAGUGGGCUUAUCAUGAUUGUUGGGUUCCUGGUCCAGAAUCGUUGGUGGACGAUCACAGGCUGUUUAGGAACAGUUGUCUCAACAUUAACAGCACUUCUUCUGAAUCAAGACAGAUCAUCCAUAGCAGCGGGACUGCAUGGCUAUAAUGGGGUCCUGGUGGGACUGCUCAUAGCAGUAUUCUCUGACAAGGGAGACUUCUAUUGGUGGCUUCUACUGCCUGUUGCUCUUACAUCCACGACAUGCCCCGUUUUCUCCAGUGCUUUAGGCUCAAUCUUCAGUAAGUGGGAGCUUCCUGUUUUCACCUUGCCUUUCAACGCAGCAGUGACAUUAUACUCUGCGGCCACUGGACACUACAACCUUUUCUUCCCUACAGUCCUCAUUAAACCUGCAACAUCAGUGCCCAAUAUCACCUGGUCCAACAUUGAUGUGCCAAAGCUGUUACAAUCCAUUCCAGUCGGCGUCGGCCAGGUGUACGGCUGUGAUAACCCCUGGACUGGUGGCAUCUUCCUGGUUGCUUUAUUCAUCUCCUCUCCUCUCAUUUGCUUGCAUGCUGCAAUCGGAUCAGCAGUGGGGAUGCUGGCAGCACUGAGCCUAGCAGCACCUUUUAGCAAUAUCUACGCUGGCUUGUGGAAUUACAACAGUUGCCUCGCAUGCAUCGCUAUCGGGGGCAUGUUCUAUGCUCUGACAUGGCAGACCCACCUGCUAGCAAUUGCCUGUGCAUUCUUUUGUGCCUAUCUGGGAGCAACUGUGGCCAAUAUAUUUUCUGUGUUCGGAUUACCAGCGUUUACCUGGCCUUUCUGCUUGUCUGCACUCACCUUUCUGUUACUAACCACAAACAUCUCUGCCAUCUACAAGUUACCUCUUGCCAAAGUCACUUACCCAGAAGCCAACCGAGAGUAUUACCUCACAAUGAAGAAGCAGUACUGGGUUUACGAUGGCGCCAGUGGCGCCGUGGCGCCGUGCCCAGACUCAGAAGGGGCCCCGGCCAGCCUGAUCACCCAGCCAGCUGAGCCAGCCAGGAAAGCUGUCUCCGCCCCUGCUCUGCCUGGAGGCCAGGAUGAGGUCCUUAAUAUCAGGGCAUAA